AGAUGUUUCUAUUUUAAAUUUUAGUUUAAAUAAGUACAAAUGGGUAAAGAGAAAGGCGGUUUUUUGACUCCAAAAGCAAUAGCCAACAGAAUAAAAGCUAAAGGUUUACAGAAGCUUCGAUGGUAUUGUCAGAUGUGUCAAAAACAAUGCAGAGACGAGAAUGGUUUCAAAUGCCAUUGUAUGUCAGAAUCUCAUCAAAGACAAUUAUUGUUAUUUGCAGAAAACCCAAACAAGUAUUUGGACUCUUUUUCACAGGAAUUUUAUGAUGAUUUCAAGUAUCUUCUUAAACGUAGAUUUGGAACAAGACGUGUUCAUUGCAAUAUUGUUUACCAAGAAUAUGUUGCUGAACGUAACCAUAUUCACAUGAAUGCAACAAAGUGGGAAACCCUAACUGAAUUUGUACAGUGGUUAGGUCGAGAGGGACACUGUGUUGUUGACGAGACUCCCAAGGGAUGGUAUAUUGCUUACAUUGACAAAGACCCUGAAGUAAUAGCCAGACAAAAAGCUGCACAAAGUCGUGAGAAGAAGGAAUUAGAUGACCAGGAAAAGAUUAGUAAAUUUGUUGCCAAACAAGUUGAGAAAGCGAAAGAGUCGAUUGGAGAAGUGGCACAGCCAACAUUUACCGAACUUCAACGGGAGGAUGAGAACGAAAAAGUUCAAUUUGAUUUUGGAAAAGCCAGUGCUUCGAAGAGUGAUACCACUAAAGUGGAUAUUUCAUCAGGUGCUAAAAAGUUGGAAAGUUUAAUAAAAAAGACAGAUAGUCAACCUAAAGUUUUCAAAGAGAAGCCCAAAAAGCGGAAAUCAGCUUUGGAUGAAAUUCUAAAGGAGGAAGAAGAGCGAAAGAAAAAACAAAAAGAAUCGAGAUUACCAAACUGGUUAACAAAAGAUAUUGUGGUGAAAAUCAUAACAAAGAAGCUGGGAGAGAAAUAUUACAAAAAGAAGGGUAUUAUAAAGGAGGUUAAGAACUUGUAUAUCGGUAUUGUUGAAUUGCUUGAUACAGGCGAUACUCUGAAGUUGGAUCAAACACAUUUAGAAACAGUGUUACCUGCUCCAGGAAAAUUAGUCAAAAUCCUGAACGGUCGUCAUCGUGGCGAAAACGCGACAAUGGUCGGCAUUAACGAAAAAUCUUUCACUGCUACUAUCAAGUUGACAAGUGGACAAUCGAAAGGUGAAACAAUUUCGAAGAUAGCAUAUGAAGAUAUCAGUAAACUGGCUGUCUGAUCAUUCUGAAGUAAACCAAGAAGAGCACGAUUAAUACGAGAUGGACUGCGUUCAAAUGUUAGCGUGGUUAUGAGGCAACCUUAUUAUGUUGGAUGAGAUAGCUUAAAACGUUCCCAGAAAGGCUUGAUGGUUGCUGGAUUGGUGGCUCCGCUUAAACAUAGAACAGUCUACUUGUAAUACUCUCCAGCAUAUAGCUACCUGUAACACCAGUGAAAUGGUCAAAUUUUUCAAAAAAAGGAUAUCGUUUUAACAUUAACAUUUUAGAAUCUGAUGUAAAAUAUUUGUUUUAAAGAGUUUUAUAGAUUUUUUC